AUGACAGCGCCGCGGAAUGGAACUUGGCAUCAUAUUCGUCGUGAAGCCAACAUGGCUGCUCGCAUAAUGGCCCAUGCGGAGAAGAAAUGGAAUGAAUGUGUAGUGUGGCUAGAUAGGCCGCCAGUUUAUUUAAUUGAUCGGCUACAGAUGGACGUUGAACAGCCUCUUUUGAUUAAUGAAAGUCAUAGGUUCCAUAAAAAAAAUACAUGA